AAGGAGAAAGAGAGAGAAAAAGAGAGAGAGAGAGAGACCCUCAUGGUCCCUUUAUACCUACGAUUUUUUUCUUUCUUUUUGUACUUCAGUUACAUUUUUUUACCCCUUAAAUCUCUAACAUGCACUCUAGUUUUGUAAGCUCUGCUUGGCGCACAACACAGGCGUGCCAGAUGUGGACUCCCCAAUGUAUGAGUAAUUGUAAACUCCGUUUUGACCAUAUAAUGUAUGGAUAGCCAACCAGUAAAGUCAACCAAGCACUGUCUCCUGCACAGCCCACCACACCUGACAUCUGUACAGUGGUGCAUUGCUAGAUGGAAAGUUUCACAUUAUACAGAAUCCUAUACACAGGUUGAAAUACAUGGACUUCAGGAACCAUCUCCACUUAUAUGAGGCUAAGAAGAUCUGCAUACCAAAGAAAUCAUACAUGCAUUGUCAUGACAUUUUGUUAAUUAUAUAACUUUCAUCACAUCAUUAAUUUGGCUACUGUGAUAGAGAGUAUAAGUGUCACAUACCUUUGUUCCUGUAACAGAAGACAUCAGCCAUGGGAGUGAAGGGCCUUUGGAAGCUCAUUGAAAGUGCAGGUGUGCCAGUGCCACUAGAGACAUUGGAACAUAAAGUGCUUGGAGUAGAUGUUUCCAUUUGGCUUCAUCAGGCAGUGCGGGGUUUUAGAGGGCCAGGAGGUGCUGCUGUGGCCAAUGCUCAUCUCCUCACACUCUUUCAUCGCAUCUGCAAGUUGCUCUUCUAUCGCAUCCGGCCAGUUUUUGUGUUUGAUGGAGGAGUACCUCACCUCAAGAAACAAACCCUGGCCUCCCGAAAGCUGAGGAGGGAAGUGGCCACCAACAAGGCCAAGCAAGUGAGAGAACGUCUCUACAAAAAUCUUCUCAAGAGCCAAGCUGUUCGCAGUGCUCUUGGGAAAUCAGGUCCUGGCCCAAGUUCUGUUCAUGUGCCUCAGGUUACUAAGAGAGAGAAGGACUUGUUUGAGUUGCCACCUCUCCCUGAGCCAAUGGGAGAAGGUACCACUGAGGAUCUAGAAGAGGAAAAAGGCAACAGCAUUUUGCAGUGUGACAAUCUUCCAAACCUCCAUCACUUCAACUUUGAUAGUGAAGAGUUUAAGAACUUGCCUCUAGAAGCAAAACAUGAGAUUCUUACUGAGCUCCAGGAUACUCGCAAACAAAACUCCUGGGCCAAUAUCAAUGACAUGCCACAGCAGUCAGAAAACUUUGCUGACUUCCAGAUGGCACGACUCAUGAAGCGUGCAAAGUUCCAGGCCACUCUUGACUCCACCAGGGAGGAAAUCCAGAAAGCUAAGGUUUCAGAGAUGGAAACAGAAUUGUUUGGGAAUAUAGAGAAAUAUAUGAGCCUUUCUAAGCGCAUUAUCUCAGAAGAUGCUUCCCACGCCAUAUUCAUCAAGAAGGUGAAGGAACCCAGCAAAAGUAACUCAGAGACUGUGGAUGCAGAAUCACAGGAGCCUGUCAAGAAAAUGGAUAGGAAAGGAAAAGCUCCCUUGAAAAGGAAAAAGCCUAUUGAUAAAGAUUUUCUAACUGAACUAGCUAAAACAGGAAUUAUCCGACCAGGCAAGCAAGACUCUGACUCAGACUCUGAUUUUGAGAACGAUAAUUUUCAUCUUUUACAAAGAGAUGAUGAGCAAGAUGUGAGUGAGAAGUGGCAGCAGUGCACUAGUGAAGAUGAGAAUUUCCUGCAAGUAGUUGGCUCACUCAUGGAGAACAGUGGGUUGACUCAAGAGGAAAUUCUUGCACUUAUUAAGCAAGACCAAAGUGAAAAUCCCAAUGUUAGCUGCAAGAAUGAAAUACAUGAUGGGCCUAGUACUUCAGCCAAUGCCCCAGGGAGUAUCUUCAAUCCAGAUGACAGUUCCUCAGAUGAAGAUAACUUCAUUGAGGUCUCAUCUGGUGUGCCUUCUCCUAAGGUAGAGAAAGGACAGGAGGAGAAGGACGUUUCAGCAAAUAACAUUGACAAAUUACUAGGAACCAAAACUAACAGCCUGUGGAUGAAAAUUGUGCAGCAGAAACUUGAUGACAUGGUUCACAUUAACACUCUCAAAACAUCACCCAAGAAAGCAAUCAUGGAUUCCAGAAAACUUGAAACCAAAGUUGUGGAAGAGCAUAAAACCUCUAAAGAUAACUCAGAAAUACUAAAACCAGUCAAGAUCUCUUUGGAUUUUGAAGUCAAGCCACUGAAAAUGGAAGACAACAUAUUUUCUGAUAUCUUUACUGAUCUUGUAUAUCAAUCAAAGUCAGAAAAGACAGAAGCAUUAGUCACAAAAGAGGGCCAAGGAUCUUGGCAGAACUUUGAAGACCAAGAUGUAGUAAAUAAGAGCAUGAGGAAAAACUGUAACUAUAAUUCACACACCAAGAUGGAUCAUGUUGAUAUUGACAUAAGUGUAGAGAAUAAGUUUGAUAUUGGAUCCUUUUCAAUUGAAACUCCAAAUGGCAAAAUAAGUGCUGUAACUUUGCCAAAUGCUACUGGCAUUAAAAAACCUAAUUCAACUUGCACAAAAUAUCAAACCCCAUUGCAGAAUGGAAGUAUUGUAGAGGAGAAGAGAAUAGGAAACUUAACUAGUACCUCAAAUUACUGGAGAGGAAGCUCAGAGGAAGAUAAGGUGACCUAUGAUGAAGUGGAAAUAAUGAGUUCUAGUGAUGAAACUGAUGACGAGGAUGACAUUACAGUCAGUACUCCUCAACCAUCAACACACAUAAACUCCAAGAUAGGCCAGUCCUCAUCAGGAAACCUACUUGAACAACAGAGUGCCAACACUAAGCUGCAGAUAGCUCACAGUGAAGGCAGCAACAUUCAACCUCCCAAAAGCAUAGUGGGAGAAAGUGAAGACAGAAGUAGAAUAGAAACAAAUCAAAUGAAAAAUGUACCUAAUAAAAAUGAAAGUGCUGAUAUUGAUUCAAAGAACUCCAAGGUUACAGUUCAUAAAGGUCAAAAAGAUAAUAUACAGGAAGCUGCAUUAAUAAGUCAUAAUUCUGUAUAUCAAGCUAAUAAGAUCACUCCAGAUUCUGUACAGCAUUCUCAUGCAGAAUGUAAAAAUAGCACAGACAAUUCACAUCCCUCUGACAGGAAUUCAGAGGAUGGUGAUUUUAUGGAAGUAGAAAGUGAUGAUGGAGAGUCAGUAAAUGAGCAAGAGGAAAAAGAACAGGAGGAAAGAAAGGUUCCUCCUCACUCUCAUGACAAUGAACGUAGUUCUGAAAUUACAAAGAAGUCCAAGAAUGUUAGUGGAGAAGAUAUCAGUGUAACUUCAAAAAAGAAAAUAAAAGUUACCAUGUCAGAUGAUGAAAAAGGAAUCAUUAAUGAGAAUAUGAAACAAAAAGUUGCUCUGAAUAACAGUGACAGUUCAACAGUUGCUGAAGCCAAAUCACAUCAAGAUACAGAUAUCAAGGAAGAGAGGAAAGCAAAUGUUACAGACAUCAAGGAAGAGGUGAAAGCGGAUGAUACAGAUAUUAAGGAAGAUAGGAAAUUAAAUGGCACAGGUAUUGAGGAAGAAAGGAAAGUAAAUGGUAAAGGUACUGAAGAAGAGAGGGAAGCAAAUGAUGCAGAUAUUAAAGAAGAGAGGGAAGCAGAUGUUACAGAUGAGAUGAUGGGAGUGCAAGUGGCAGAAUUUGACAGGCCAUUGGACUAUACUGAGGAUGAACUCAAGCAUCUAGAAGGAGAACUUGCCUCUGAACAGCAGGCCCUUGUUGCUCAGGCACAGCGAUGUGAUCGCCUUGCUUCUUCCCUCAAUGAUCAGAUGUAUGGUGAAGCACAGCACUUGUUGCAGUUGUUUGGAAUCCCUUAUUUGGUGGCACCCAUGGAAGCAGAGGCUCAGUGUGCCUUCUUGAACACCGUCAGCCUCACAGAGGGAACUAUCACUGAUGACUCUGACAUUUUUUUGUUUGGAGGGAACUCAGUGUAUAGGAAUUUCUUCAAUCAGACAAGACAUGUUGAGCAUUUCAAAAUAGAGAAUAUAAAAUCCACUUUAGGCUUGGAGCGAUGCAAGAUGAUCACCUUGGCUCUUCUCUGUGGAAGUGAUUAUACAGAAGGAAUUGAGGGCAUUGGGUCUGUAGGUGCCAUGGAAGUCUUGGCUGAAUUUCCAGGGAAGGGCAUAGAGUGUCUUGAAAAUGUGAGGAAAUGGUGGAAUGGAGCACACAAAGGGAUCUCCACAAUACAACAUUCCAAAAUCAGACAAAAGCUUGCACAAGUUAGCCUGCCAGAGUCAUUCCCAAAUAAAGGUGUGUUUGAUGCAUACCUGGUGCCUGAAGUUGAUGAGUCUAAAGAGAAGUUUUCAUGGGCAGUGCCAAACGUAGAGGCUCUUCGUGUCUUUACUGGGGAGAAAUUUGGAUGGAAUUUCUCAAAGACUGAUGAGAUCUUGAUUCCUGUCAUGAAGAGGCUAAAGUUAAAAACAACUCAGAAAAGAAUUGAAUCAUAUUUUACUAAUAUCAGAUUGGUGAAGGAGCCAAAGGUUGCCAGCAAGAGAAUGCAAGAUGCAAUUGCAAAGGCAAGAGGGAUCAGACCACCUGAGUCUCAUUCAACUGGACAGACAAAGGUGAAGCAAAAACAGAAUGAGAGAAGAGUGAGAAAAGGUCCUGAAAGGAAGCAGGUGAGUGAGGAAAGUAAAGCAGAUUCUGAGGUUGCGACAGAUUCCAAAUCCUCAAAACCCUCAAGGACACUCUUAAUAGAUCCAUCAGAAAUUAAAAGUAAGUCAGUAACAGAAGGUAGAAAAGGACAAAAGAGAAAGAAAGAUUUGGAAGAGGACAGUAAUGAGUCUUUUGUGAGAGGAAAAGAGGAAGAUGAUGUUCCACCAAGGAAAGUCACCAAAGAGGACAUGUUUAAAAGUUUACUAGAAAAGGAAACAAUCUGUCAAAGAGAAAAGGACAAACUUGAGAUGCAAGAAAAGAAGAUGAAGGCAGCUAGCAUAUUACUCAAGCAAAAUAAAGAAAAGAAAAAUAAGAAAAGAUGAUACUGAAAAAUUACUGCAUAUGUAUGUAAGUUAAUUUAAUUAUUUAUUUAAUUCUGGAAUCCAGUAAUAUUACAAAUUACUAUUUUAUUGACUUCUCAGAAAUACACAUUAUUUAACAUUC